AACCAUCAAUACCAGCACUUGCUAUAAAAGCAACCUCGGAUGUCAUUUUGACCCCUCACAAACACGACUCCGCGUGACGUUCCCGCAAUGUUUUGAUUCUGCUGAGCGUGACGUCACAGCGCACUACACUAAAAUGGUUCCUACUUUAGUUUUCAGCACAAGCAAUCAAAGUGUGCGCAACUUCGCGCGUGAAAAAUGCCCGAAAUAACGCGCUAAAGGGGGAAACAAACACGGACAACUCGGACAUGGAGGCGUGCGCAGAAUCCGGACGCAAACUGCGCUCGAUCUGCCGGAGGAUGUACGAUGAGAAUGAGGAUCUGUCAGAUGUGGAGGAGAUCACCAAUGUCAGGGGCUUCAGUCUGGAGGACAAACUGGACAGCGCUUCAUACAACAGCCAGCUAGUGCAGUUCAUGGAGGGGAAAGAUUUCACCUAUGAAUAUGUUCAGAGAGAAGCGCUGCGGACCCCGCUUGUGUUUAAAGCCAAAGAUGGACUGGGAAUAAGGAUGCCGGAUCCAGAAUUCACUGUGAGUGAAAUCAAGGGUUUGGUUGGCAGCAGACGACCGGUGGAUGUGAUGGACGUCAGCACACAGAAGGGUUCAGAGAUGAGUAUGGCACAGUUCGUCCGCUACUACGAGACUCCCGAAGACGAGCGCGAUAAAUUGUUCAACGUCAUCAGUCUGGAGUUCAGCCACACCAAACUGGAGAACCUGAUCAAGAGACCUACAGUGGUGGAUCUGGUGGAUUGGGUGGACAACAUGUGGCCGCGGCAUCUUAAACAGAAACAAACGGAAGCCACGAACGUCAUGUCUGAGAUGAAAUAUCCCAAAGUUCAGAGAUACUGUCUGAUGAGUGUGAAAGGCUGCUUCACUGACUUCCACAUCGACUUUGGCGGCACAUCGGUUUGGUAUCAUGUCUUCAAAGGACAGAAGGUCUUCUGGCUGAUUCCUCCAAACGCACAUAACCUGUCUCUGUAUGAGGACUGGGUUUUGUCAGGCAAACAGAGCGACAUCUUUCUGGGUGACCGAGCAGACGGAUGCCAGAGAGUCGAGCUGAAGCAGGGAUACACCUUCUUCAUCCCAUCAGGCUGGAUUCAUGCCGUCUACACUCCAGAGGACACCCUGGUGUUUGGCGGGAAUAUUCUCCACAGUUUUAACAUUCCCAUGCAGCUCACUGUCUACGAAAUUGAGAACAGAACAAAGGUGCACUCCAAAUUCCGCUACCCGUUCUUCUAUGAGAUGUGCUGGUAUGUGCUGGAGAGAUACGUCAGCUGCUUGACCAAACGUUCGCAUCUCAGCCUCGAGUUUCGCAAUCACACUGCUGAACCAAAGCCAGUGACUGAGAGUCUCAUGUCUGCUACUCGGCUGGACAUGGAGGAGGACUCGUGUGGGACAGAGGGGACGAUUCUGUCCUCUUUUUCCAUCCCGCCCUGUCAGACAUUUAAACCGUCGGCCAAUGAUUCAGAAGACAGCUCCAAAUCCCUUCCUUCAGAGUGUCCCAAAACGCCGUCCGGCUCCCCGGGAAUGGAUCACUCGGGAAAAUGGAGCCACCUGACAGAGUUUGAGCUGAACGGACUCAAGGCUUUAGUGGAGAAACUCGAAUCUCUUCCGGAAAAUAAGAAAUGCGUCCCUGAGGGCAUCGAGGAUCCACAAGCACUGCUGGAUGACGUCAAGGUUGUCUUGAAGGAACAUGCAGAUGACAACCCCAAGCUGGCCAUCAGCGGUUCCCCAAUCGUUUGCUGGCCAAAGAAGACAUUCAAGGUACAAAAAGUAAAGCGAUUCAAAACAUGAGAAUGUAGCCAAAGCAGGAU